GAAAUGAGGGAGCACACCAUCCAAAGAAUUGCUCGAUGGUUUUAUGAUGCAGGAGUGCCUUUGAAUGCUUGCACAUAUGAUAGUUUUGCCCCUAUGAUUGAGUCAAUUGGGCAAUUUGGUCCUGGAUUGAAACCACCAACAUAUCAUGAGUUGAGAGUCCCAUGUUUGAAGAAGGAAUUAGAAGCAACAAAUGAGUUGAUGAGCAGCCAUAAAGCAGAGUGGGCUAAGGUUGGAUGCACUGUUAUGGCUGAUGGGUGGACCGAUAGAAGAAAUAGGACAUUGAUUAACUUUUUAGUUAAUAGUCCUAAGGGCACCAUGUUUAUUGAGUCCAUCGAUGCUUCAUCUUAUGUGAAGGAUGGAAAGAAGAUGUUCGAGCUACUUGACAAUUUUGUAGAGCGCAUUGGAGAAGCAAAUGUUGUACAAGUAGUUACUGAUAGUGCCUCAGCAAAUGUGAUGGCAGGGAGAUUGUUAGAAGCAAAGCGACCACAAUUGAUAUGGUCUCCAUGUGCUGCUCAUUGCUUAGAUUUAAUGUUGGAGGAUAUAUACAAGAUCUCCAAUAUUCGCAAAGCAUUGAAAAGAGGCAUGGAGAUUAGCAACUUCAUCUAUGUUCGUCCUGGAUUAUUAAACAUGAUGCGACGAUUUACUAACCAAAAGGAGUUAGUUAGACCAGCUAAGACUCGCUUUGCUACUGCUUGCAUUACAUUAUCGAGUAUACAUCAUCAAAAGAACAACUUAAGGAAUAUGUUUACUUCAGAUGAAUGGAAGGAUAGCAAAUGGAGCAAGGAGCAACAAGGAAGGCGAGUAGUUCAAACUAUUUUGUUGGCUAGUUUUUGGACUACAAUUGUGUUUGCUCUUAAAGUGUCUGGCCCACUAGUUCGAGUUCUUAGAUUGGUUGAUGGCGAAAAGAAGCCACCUAUGGGAUAUGUUUAUGAGGCCAUGGAUAGAGCUAAAGAAGCUAUUGCUAAGUCGUUCAAUAAUAAUGAAGAAAAAUACAAGGACAUUUUCACCAUAAUUGAUAGAAGAUGGGAGCUUUAG